CCAUUAUUUCGUUGCCUUUUUUUUUAUACUGCUUCGGGAGAAGGGAGAGAAGGGCAGGGAAUAGAAGCAGAACAGUAGAACACACCACAAUAUUUAAUGGUGUAACGCCCAUACGCAUGGUCUUCGAAAUGAUUAACCUAAAACUUAAUUAAAUAGAUAGGAAAGGGGUUAGCUUGUAUAUAUCUAUAUAUAUAUAUAUAUACACACAUACACACACAUAUAUAUGGGAUACCUGGAACCAGUUAUAAAGCGUUAGCGUGAGCAAAACAGGGUAAGUGAGAAAGAAGACAAAGGGAAAUAGUGUGUGUGGGAGAGAGACCCAAGUCCAUGGUCCAGAACAACAACAAGAAGUGCAUGAAUUGAGAUGGGCGGUUGCCCUCUGCUGCUGCUCUUAUGCGAAACGGCAUUCCCUCUUUUCCCACAGUCUUGAUUCCCUUUGUACUGAAUGAGAUCAUUGGCGAACACUUGGCAUGCCAGUCUCCCACCUCCACUACACGCUGUAUCGGAUUCUCCUUUCUACUUCCUUCUCUCCUCCAUUCUCUGUUCUUCUUCUUCAAACUCCUCCUCUUUAGAAGAAAAUAUAUUGCAACAAUCUGUUGACUCAUACUGCAAUAAAAAAAAUUUCUAUAUGAGAAUUUUAUUCUCCAGAAGCGGCAGCACCUUCAGCGCUCUUCUUCUUCCGUUCCUCCAGGGUGUCCAGCGGCCCGUGGCGAGGGCGGCGACGGCGAAGUUCUUAUUCGGGCAGCAGAGCGUGAUGACGGCGGUGGACAGCCAGAGCCUCCACCACCAACUCUUCUACCUCCCCGGGAGGGCCUGCAGCAGUCGCCGGAAUGAGAGCGUGGUCGUGGUCAUGGGUGCAACCGGGACCGGCAAGUCGAAGCUAUCUAUCGACUUGGCGACCAGAUUUCCAUCCGAGGUGGUCAACUCCGACAAGAUCCAGGUCUACCGUGGCCUCGACAUCACCACCAACAAGAUCCCUCUGGCGGAGCGCUGCGGCGUGCCGCACCAUCUGUUGGGGGAGCUCGACCCCGAGGCUGGGGAGCUCCCGGCACUGAAGUUCAGGUCCCUGGCGGCGUCGGCCAUCGAGGGAAUCGCCGCCCGCCGACGGCUCCCGGUGGUGGCGGGCGGGUCGAACUCGUUCAUCCACGCGCUGCUGGCGGCACGGCACGACCCUCGGGUGGACCCGUUCGCGGCGGGGGACAGCCGGCGGGGAAGACGGGAGCGGCUGCGCUACCGGUGCUGUUUUCUCUGGGUGGACGUGGAGAAGAAGGUACUGGCGGAGUACCUGGACCGACGGGUGGAGGAGAUGGCGGCGGAUGGGAUGGUGGCGGAGCUGGAGGCGUACUUCGCGGCGGAGGGGGCGGAGCCGGGGAGGCACCCGGGCUUGGAGAAGGCGAUUGGGGUGCCGGAGUUCCGAGAAUAUUUCGAGAAAGGGAAAGGGGCGAAGAAGCACGCGGCGGCGGUGGCGGCGAUCAAGGCGAACACGCGGCGGCUGGCGGAGGAGCAGGUGCGGAAGAUCGGGAGGCUCGGGGAGAGCGGAUGCGGGUGGGCGCUCCAGCGGGUGGACGCGACGGCGGCGGUGCGGGCGCGGCUGGAGGGGUCGGCGUGGGCGGCGGCAUGGGACCGGGACGUGGUGGGGCCCAGCGUCGCCGCGGUGGAGAGCUUCCUCGAGUCCUCGCUUUCUCCUCCACUCGGUUGUUAAUUGAGCGAGUCCGUGGUUCUCCUCCCAGCCCAGACCGGCCUUUUUUCAAGAAUUUGGAGAAAGGUGACUAAAGAUACCAAAAGGAACAAAGAAAGGGUACGAACAGCUCGAGAACGUAUUUCCUUUUAAUCUUUAAAUUUUUGUAUCAGAGAGAGAAAGGGAGAAGGGUGAGUGGAAUAUCGUUGGGAGGAAGCCGGGGCGGAGCAGGCGGCCAAUUUUGGUGCGUGAGGACGCCUCUGACACGAGCGUGGGGGCCGAGCGAGUGGUGGGAUUGGGGACAGUCAAGGGACACAGCGGUGAAGCGAGGUGCAAAAGAAAAGGCAAAAAAAUCAUACAACACAAAAAGAGCAAAAAAAAAAAAAAAAAAAGUGGAGCUGGGAACAGAGAAGAGACAGAGCACUG